AUGGGCUACCAGGAGAUUAAGGCAACAUAUGUUGCAUUACACUACGUGGAUGAUUCUAGAAUGGAUCCACUCAAGUACAUCUUUGAGAGCCUACAUGUAGCUGACAGAGCCUCUAAAUGGCAAGUAAUAUUAUCUGAGUAUGACAUAAAAUAUCAGACUCAAAAGUCUAUUAAAGGGAGUACAAUAGCUGAUCACUUAGCGAAAAACCCUCUAGAUAGACAUGAACAGUUGAAUUUCCAAUUCCCAGAUGAAAACAUAUGUUUCACAAAAGAAGACCAGGAUGAAGAGGGUAGGACAAUCCAGUGGGAGAUGUAUUUCGAUGAAGCUGCAAAUAUACAUGGGAAUGGUGUUGGAGCCAUAAUGGUAUCCCCGAGUGAGAAGCAAUUCUCGAUGGCCAUUAAGUUAGGGUUCAAAUGCACUAAUAACAUGGCGGAAUAUGAGGCCUGUAUUAACGGUCUUCGAGCUACCAUUGACCUUAGCAUAAAAAGCUUAGAAGUUUUUGGUGACUCUGCUCUCAUAAUUUAUCAAGUAACUGGUGAAUGGUGA